UACCAUAAGAUAAUAUAAGAACACUAUAAACGCAAUGUUUUUACAAAAUUUACAAAAAUAUACUAUGUUUUUGUAUUGCUGAAAAUACUAUAACAUAAUAGUGUAAUAAUAUUUAAUCGGAUUGAUCAAUCUAUAAGAAAAGAAAAAGAAAGGAAGAAAAAAAAGAUAAAUAGCUAAUUGUCAAGUCAUGAAUAUUAUAGUUAUUAGGAAAAAAAAAGAAGAUGAAUGUUAUAAGAAAAUUCUCUCCGGAAAACACUUAAAAAGAAAUAUUUCUUUCACACAUAUAUUAUUAUUAUUAUUAUUAUUAUUAUCAUUAUCAGCUCGGCCGCGUAUCUUUUGAUCGUUGUGCAGGAAACAAAGAAUGAUUCUCCCACUACAAUAUCUCGUCGAUCCAAAGCCCUCGACAAUCUAAGCUUCCGUGGAUUAGAUUCAGCAAAUGUUCCCGAGUGAUCCUGUAUCCGUGGUUGUCGCCGUCCUCGGCGGCCUGUUCCUCCUCCGUGCCGGGCUAUCCUUCAAGUGCCUGCUCUACCUCCUCGGGCGGUGGUGGUCGUGGUUGGACGAGCACACGCAUGCUUAUCAGCACUUCGAGAUCCCGCGGUACACCGAGAGCGGGCUGGAGAACCCCCUCAUUCGCCACGCCACCGCCUAUGUCGCUACCCUUUCCUCCCAUGAGUGCGCCGGCGCCCCCGCUGUCGCUAUCGUCUCAUCUGGCUACGAACCCAAUGAGUUCUCUCUCCACCCCGCCCCCGGUCACCCUGUGCCCGACUCCUUUCUCGGCUGCCGCCUCUCCUGGUCUGCCACUGGUGGAGGGAACCGCCUCGUCCUUCGCCUCCGUCGCCAGGACUGCUCACGCGUCCUACGCCCCUACCUCCAGCACGUCGAGUCCGUGGCCAAGAACCUCGAGCUCCGUCGGCGCGAGACCAAUCUCUUCGUCAUCUCCAGCGGGGGCGGGGAAAGUGGAGAGCCGAGGUGGAGGCCGGUGGCGCCUUUCACACAUCCGGCGAGGCUCGAUACGGUGGCGAUGGACCCGGAGGUCAAGGCCUGGGUGCGUGCCGACCUCGAGGCGUUCCUCAACGGGCGGGCCUACUACCACCGCGUCGGCCGCAACUGGCGGCGGAGCUACCUCCUCCACGGCCCCCCGGGGACGGGGAAGACCUCCUUCGCCGCCGCCAUUGCCAACUUCCUCUGCUACGACGUCUACGACCUCGACCUCGCCCUCGUCUCCGACGGCAUAGACCUGAAGGCCCUCCUCCUCGCCACGGGCACCCGGUCGGUGAUCCUCGUCGAGGACCUCGACCUCUACCUCAGCGCAAAGGGAGGCCACGAAGGCAACUCGAGGCACGCCAGGAUGCUGAACUUCAUGGACGGCGUCUUAUCGUGCUGCGGCGACGAGAAGGUGAUGGUGUACACAAUGACCAGCAUAGAAGCGGUGGCCGCGGCGGUGCUGCGGGAGGGUUGGCUCGACGUCCACAUCCACUUCCCGAUGUGCGACUUCCAAGCAUUCAAGACGCUGGCGAGAAUCUACCUGCGGCUGAACGACCACAAGCUGUAUCCGAUGGUGGAGGAGGUGUUCCAGAGCGGCGCAAAGAUGAGCCCGGCGAAGGUCGGCGAGAUCAUGAUCGCGAACAGGGGGUCACCGAAGCGGGCGCUGAAGUUGGUGAUCACGGAGCUGCAACAUUUGUCGUCGGCGCCGAACUUGGGACAACAACUGCUUGAGCGGAAGGACCGCGGGGGCGAUGAGCCGGUGGCAGAGGACGACCCACCGACCGUGAGGGAGAUCGGAAGAUGGUGUGGGGUAAUCAGGACAAGGAGUAGGGGGCUUUGUUGACGCCGGUGAAGGUGGCGGCCGCCUCAGAUUGGACGUCGGAUAAGUUGGAUCCCGUCGAAGACUUACUGAUCUUUGGGUCGUUUAGCUCAGA